CGUCCUUCGACCCUCAUCCCUCAUCCACAUCACUCUCCACUCUCAACCCUCCGUCCCAUCCUUCUGCCCGCCCUUCAACCUGGCGGCACUGUCGCACCAGUCGUUCGCGGGGCUCGCGGGUGCUACGGCCGCAGGCCUCCCUCGUCCCGCCAUGAACGACAAGGACCCGCCGCCAUUUGGCUACACCUUCGCCGACGACUUCUUCGACAACGCGGCCCCUCACUAUGACAACAAUGGCCCCUCGCUGCUCAGCGACAUGGAAAAUCAGCAGCUCGACAACUUCUUCUCCUCCACCAACCCCUUCGACCUGCUUGACCCCCAACACAUACCCCCCGCUCUCGAUGACAAGUCAACCGCCCACGACUACAACAACUGGGAGGACUUCAUCGCCCCGCCCACCGUCCACCGCGUCACCAGCACCAUACCCGACCAGGCUCGCCUCCAGACCACCUUCCAACAAGAACCCCACCACGCUUCUUCGUCCUCGCUCCACAGCAGCUUCCUAGCAAACACCCAGGAUGAGCUCCAGGCAGCUGCCACUCUCUUCAACCACGCCCAGCCCUCGUAUACAAACGGCCGCCUGCACAGCUUUCCUGAGCAGCCGGCUGCGGCUAGCAAUUUCCUGACAAACGUCGCGCCCAGCCUGAAUCACGCUCCUCUGCCAAUGAGCGUCCAACCGCACGGCCUCAUGAACCAGCGUAUGCCCUCGCUGCUGCCGAAUCACGGCGGACAUGCCCUAGACCCCCAGUUCCCACCGCAGUGGACAAACAAGGCCCCGCAGCACACCCAAACAGACUUUGGUCCGCCGUUGCAGAAGAUCGACCUAAAGAGGUCUUAUACUUUUGGCACAGACAACUCAUUCAAUAGCCCAUCCGGGUACUCGGGCGCAAACGGCCGCUCGGCCGAGCACAGCGCGGCAAGGCAUUCCAUCAACGACGUGGAAGAGACCCACCAGCAUCUUUUACGAGCAGUAGCAGGCAUCGACACCGCGCGCACUACCUCGGUUGCAUAUCAAGACUCAUCAUCAGCCGUUGCCGGUGCAUCACGCGACGAUGACGACGAAGAGCAGUCUGACGACUCCGCAUCUCAGGAAGAGCAUGACGACCGACCAGCAAAAAGGCGGAAGAAGUCCAUAGCCCAACCUGGAAAGGAAACCCCGAGAAAGGCUGCGCGUAAUGGAAAAGCUCGCAAGACGUCGCUUACAGAUGAGAGUAAGAAGAAGCGGACUGCAGCAAGUACUCAAAAGACACAUCGCGAAAAUCUGACCGAAGAGCAAAAGCGAAAUAACCAUAUUCUUUCUGAACAGAAGCGCCGCGAUUUAAUCAAGCAAGGCUACAAGGACUUGAACGAAGUCGUGCCUGCAGUUCGCGGCGGUGGGUUGAGCAAGAGUCAGAUAUUGGUUGAGGCAGCAACGUUUUUGGAAAAGUUGAUCGAGGACAACAUUGCAUAUCGGAAAGUGGCAGGGUGAUGAGAGAUGGAAGCAAAAAAAGUUCUACCUCGCCUUCAACCGACUUGAGCAUAUGAGUUCAGUUGGGUAACGCUUGUUGCAUUGAUGAGUGCUGAUGCCACGAGUGCUCCGUGGUGAUUGAGUAUGAGGGAAAGGAAAACCCGGCUUUUUGGGUACCGGAAAUUAGAAGAAAAAACAUGUCUUACUAAGGUCAUGGGUAUUGGAAAGGUGGAAGAAACAAAAAAAUCUCACUGGACGCAUUUUGCGCAGUCCACUGAGAUGAAGGAUUCACUCGGUAUG